AUGCUGUUGCCGGAUCCGUCACCUCUACGGAUCGAUCGCACUCCUCAACUGGAACGGCUGGAUCGCCAAGCUCUUGAGGGAAGCAUUAUCAAGGUUCCGGCCCGACCGUGGACCAUGGUUGUUGGCGACGGCCUUGUGUCUGAGCUCGUCACAAAUCUGUUUAAUUUUGACGGCACCUAUCUUUUCCCGGCCCUUGACAAAGACGCCUUCAUUGAAGACAUGAGGUCUGGGGACGUGAAAAGGUCCACAUACUGCACACCGUUGCUAGUCAACGCCAUCUGCGCGGUCCAAAGUAACUUUUCUCAGAGUGCAAAGCGAUUCGGAGCGAUUGCUAAGAAGAACCUCCCAGACCGCUUUUUAGAAGAGACCAAGGGAUUGCUUGAACGGGAACAGGGUCGUGCCUCCAUCCCCAACGCCAUCGCCCUCGUCUUUAUGUACAUGGCCGUGGCUAUCAGCGGUAAAGACAGGAUAUACCGGACACACCUCUACACGGCCUACGGCCUGCUAGGAAGGCUAUCGCUGGAGCAGAGGUUUCAGGCCCUUGUGAGCAGACUUGACAGCCAAAAGCUGAGGCGCAUCAUUAGCCAUGUGCUCUGGGGCCUGUAUAUUGUAGAAAGCCGUACUGCCUUCUACUACUCACAGACGUUUUUCAUACCCACGCCGAGGCUGCCCAAGCCUCCCGACGAACCUGGUACUGCCAACGUCGAUGUGCUGGGCCGUUUGUAUGAUGAGUCGGACGGCACCGUCCCCCUGGUCCCGGGCGUCAACACCGUAAACUGCCAUUUAACCGAACUCUGGAACGAACUCAUGCAAUACAUCUGCCAAGGUGCUGCCAAAGGAAGCGAUGCCGACUUGCGCGUCCGCAAGAGCUUCUACUGCAAGUUGAUGGCAAUGCACGAAACGGAAAUCAUCUUCACCAUCCUCCGCGACGUGCCGCUCGACACGCCGUGCCAAAACCUCUUCGAUCUCCCCGGGACGACGGCCAGAGACAUCAUACGAAAACGCUGCGUCACCGACAUUGAACUGCUGCGGUCGUAUAUGGACAGAUGGCAGCACCUGGGGAGCCUGGCAUGUCGCCACACGCACCUCUGCAUACACACCCUCGUUCCGCUCCUCGACGACCCGGCCGUUCAUGUCGCCUUCUCAGCAGCCUGCAUGAUUGCCCAGCAGUGCACUCUCAACAUGAAAGUGAUGGGAUACCUGCUUCAGGCGGUGCAGGCGUUUGCGUGGGCCUUUGGGAAGACGAUCCCCGAGUCGGCGCGGCCGUUCCUCCGGGGCUGGGGCGCCGAGGCCAUGGAGCCCGACUUGCCCUUGUCGCUGGUCCUCCCGCAGCAGAGUGAUGUCGUGGAUGCUCUUGCGAGGGACUGGGGCGUGCACUUGGACGACGGGGAGGACCAGCUUCGGUUGUUGAUUGAGUUGUGGGCGAGGCAGGGCCAGUAG